UAUGGAACAAAUAUCCGUAUGUACUUACAAUAAAAUAAUCAUUUUACCCAGUUAAAUUUAUAUUACUUCAAUAACUAUGAGUAUUAGUAUCAGUAUUACAUAGUAGUCGGUAAUGUAACUAAAGUACGAAGAUGUUUGAUCGAUGCUAUCGGGUUGCUACCAACGACCGAGUGUUUCUUCGGGAUUACUGGGAUUAACUCGGUGCGUGGAAUAGAAAAUAGGAAAGAAUGUCUGAAAGAUUGAGCACAACCCCGAAGAAAGGUCAUGUAGGUGGGGGUGGAAGCGACGUCGGCGCCCUGUUUAGCCGAUUGCCGAUCAGCGCACGGGCGGGGGCGUUGGUAAUGAAAAGUGUUUCCAUCUUCUUGUCGAGCGGACGCAAGCCCUCAGUCAACUCCAAGAAACCCGGGGAACAGAUCCAGAGAAGAAGGCGCAGAAAGCUCACCGAGGAAGCCGCCAUGAAGGCUUACCAUGCCAAAGUUGUCGAGGCUCUGAAGAAGAAGACGAGAUUUUCUCGCCCGGAACUUGAAGCUCUGUGCAAGAUUUACAGGAAAAUUACGACCGUUCCUACGGCCAAGAUCGGGGUUACUUUGUUCACCAAAGGAGCUCCUCAGACCAUCCAGACUGUUGAAGGUAUCGACAGAACGAUAUUCCGUGAACUGCUGCACAAUACCUUUGAUAUUAUCACAGAAGACGCAUUGAUUGAACGAAUGUUUUGCUGCUGGGAUCGUGAUAGUGAAGGUGCUAUCAGACUUGAAUCUUGGAUCAUGGGAUUGGACGUUUUUGUUCGUGGAACCCUGAGAGAUAAAAUGGAAUUCUGUUUUAGAGUUUAUGAUUUGAAUAACGAUGGAUUUAUUACCAAGGAUGAAAUGUUUCAAUUACUAAAAAAUUGUCUAAUAAAACAACCAGGGGAAGAAGAUCCCGACGAAGGCGUACGAGAUUUAUCAGAGUUGAUCCUAAAAAAAUUUGACGUCGAUCACGACGGCAAAGUUUCCUUCAACGACUACGAAUUUGUUGUAAAAGAAGAGCCAUUGUUGUUGGAAGCUUUCGGGCAGUGUUUACCAACCGAGGAAAGUUGUUCGGCAUUUCUUACAACAUUGCAACCAUAAACUU